GGAAGAAAACGGUGCUGGGAAGUGGUAAGGGCUGGGACAGGGACAGGGGAGGGAGGUGGGGGAGCUGGCUGGGAACUGGGGAGUAGGGAAGGCCAAAAGCAGCUGAUGGGCAGGCCCAUGAAUUCCCUGGGCUCCCAGCUCUGCAGGGCAGCAUUCCUGGCCACCAUCCUGCUGCUGCUGCGGGUCAAGGGGGUGAAGCCUCAGAAAGGCAACUUGGACCCCAACGAGAAGAGUCAGAAUGAGGAGAUACCCUCUACAGACCAGGAUCAAGAGUACUUUGAAGAGCACUUUGUGGCCUCCUCAGUGGGUGAGAUGUGGCAGACUGUGGAUAUGACCCAGCAAGAAGAUGACAAGACAUCAGACACAACAGCUCUUCGUGACCACCUAUUGGACCUAGCCUUCUGCUUCAAUCUGGCUAGCAUCAUGGUUUUUUUAUGAGGGAUGUUGAGGCUGAGGUGGUGGCCUGGUUCCUGGAUGAGGACCUGGAUAUCUACCUCCGUUUCAUGAUAGCUUACUGACCCUCUCUCCCCACUGGGCUCCAGGUCACUGCUCUCAAGGGAGGCAUAUGCCUGGCUUCCUG